AUGAUCCGAGCGAUGCUCUCCGUCACCCUUAUAUUCGCGGCCAUCGCUACCGUCCAUGCGGCGGCCGCGUCCACCGCUCAGGUCACCCCCGCGGUUCCCGGUCUCCGAGCCGGGGCCAAGCCCGACGAUCCGUCCUGCCCCGACGCCGGAGCCGAGUCCCACAUCGGCUGCGACGAUCCCAUCCGCGGAGGGCACCCGUUCGACCUCUGGGAGCUCGCCAGGAGCUGGACCCCGGGCUUCUGCGGGUCCUCCCCGAGGAUGUGCGGUAAGCAGGAGUGCGACGUGAGCGCCAUGGUCCCGGCCCUCACCCUCCACGGCAUGUGGCCCUCGUACGCCACGCCCGUGGACGGCGACGCCGCGGCUGAAGACGAAAUCGACGUCGCCGCCCCGAGAAGAUCCCUCCGAGAGGAGGCGUCGGUCGCCGCGGCAGGCGGCAAGUGCUUCUGGCCCCAGAUGUGCACCAAGCCCGGUUGGUUCCCCAAAUCGUCCCCGUGGACCUACGACCCGUCCUUGCUUCCCAAAGGAUCCGAGUACGAAGCCCUCGCGCCGGCGUGGUAUUCCGACGGAUUGGGUUCGCACGAGUGGCCCAAGCACGGAACCUGCGCGGCGUGGGCGGACGGCACCGGGACGACGAAAGGGCUCGACCAGAAGGGGUACUACGACGCCAUGUUCGCGCUUGCAAAGGCGGAGGGCACGCCGAACGCGCUGGUGGACGCGAUGGGCGGGAGUUUGCCGCUGAAGGAGCUGCAGGAUUUGUUCGGCGGCGCCAAGCGCGUGGCGCUGGGGUGCACUCCUCGGUGCGAGCUCGUGCAGGUUCUCACGUGCUACGCCCAGGGGGAGGGAACGGACGCGAGCCCGGCGGGACCGGGCGAGCGCGCGGACUGCCCGUGCACGGGCGUGAGGGACAGCCACUACGAUAACAGCUGCGCCGAGGCCCACGCGUGCGCCGAGGUUAAAAUUUUAUCCCCCGAGCAGACUGGCUGCGGCGGCGGCGGCCCCAAGCCCGGCCCGGGACCGGCGCAUAAGUGCACGGGGGACGUGCAGUGCUGUCCGGGAGUCAAGGGUCCCGCCUGUUCCACCGAUUCGGACUGCGGUGACCAGGCUGGGUGCGACCAUUGCGCGCACAGCGGCUACUGCACCGAUCAGCCGCGUCCCAACCGAGAUUGA